AUGGAGACCGUUGAGAGUUUGGUGCCCCCUCGUGAUUUCGCAGACAGUGAUCAGGAAUGGGAAAAGCCCGACGAUGAAGUGGCUUUGGCUCGUGCUACCUUGGCACACAAUGUCCAUGCCCAUGAGGAUGAGUCGGCCAACUCGGCAUUGGCCUCCUUCACGGCAUUGGAGGUGGAUGACACCAGCAUGGACUUGCGGCUCCAGGAAAUGCAAGCUGCCAUGAAACGGCUGUUGGCCAAGGGCAGCGAGAUGGUGGCGGUCAAGGAAGACAGCCCCUUGUCCAAGGAUAUGGACACCACGGGAUCGGAGGUGCCAACCACAGGUGACUUUGUCCCUGAGGGUGCAGCUACUGAUGACCCCAUGGACAGGCCGGCGGUGCCAACCACAGGUGACUUUGUCCCUGAGGGUGCUGCUACUGAUGACCCCAUGGACAGGCCGGAGGUGCCAACCACAAGUGACUUUGUCCCUGAGGGCGGCGACACGGUGGACAAGGACGAUGCCAACAAGCCCAGGCCCUACUCGGCUCUGCCCGCCGGCACCCUGGAGGAGAAGGUCUUCAGAAUUGAGGGCUUCCCGGAAAACUUCCCCGGCAUCGGCAAGAAGAGUGCAGACUGGGCCCAGCAAUUGACAAAGGAGGAGAUCGCCUCCUUGUUCUCCGAGCUCAAGUCGGAGCAGUGGAACCGCCCGGCUGUGGAACGAGUCCUUGAGGUGUACCAAAUCUACAAGCGACAGCUGGCACAAGAGAAGAUGCUGGCCGCCCCCUACAACCGUGCUCGCAGAGGGGUGGGGCACAGCAGCAUGGGCCAGCUUGACCCGGGCAGCACGGGGGCUACCCUCAUGUGCCCGAACUGCUUUACGGAUUGGCAGCGGCAGGACAACAAGGUUGAGGGGAAGUGCAAGCUCUGCCAGAAGUCUGUCAUCGCCGUGGACAAGGGCCCGCCCUCGGCAGAGAUCAAGCUGGGCCAGUCCUCCUGGCGAAUGUUCUGUGGCCCCCGGGGUGUCACAUGGCACACGGAUGCAGACGAGGCCCAGAAAGAAGCCGCCUCCGUGGACAUUGGCUCUUGGGCCCAGCCGCCACCCAGGCCCACGGAUCAGAAGGAGCUGAGCUUCGCCGACCAGGAGGCGGGGGACAGACCCCACCUCAGGGAUGACUGGCAACCAAGCCAGGAGACAAGGGCUUUCCAUCCCCAGCUGGCGGCGGCGAUGGACGUCACCAAGAAGAGCUCGGGCCCGGUGGACAAGCAGCCCAAGAAGCCCACGGAGGAGGAGUUCUUGGAUCACAUCAACCUCCAGUUGGAUGUGAUCGUGGAGAUGCAGGCGGGCGCACAGAGUGUCGAGGAGGCAAAGGGUGCGUCAAUCCUCCGGCAGCUGGAUACAGAGAAGCUUCGCUCCCUUCUUAAGCGAAAUUACCUCCAGGGCCCUGGGAAUCAGGGAGACGAGUUUGUCGCUGCGCAGACUAGCCUGGAAGAGGCCAAGGCCUCGAACAAGCGCAUGCAGGAUGAGGGAUCCCAGCGCUCCCAGCUCCUCCGGCCGGUGGCGGACUCCAUUGAUACCUGGGGCACCCAGCUGCGCGCGGCCCUGGAGAUGAACGUGUUCAACCCGGAGUGCCCGCUCAAGGAUAUGGAGCUUGAUGACAUCGAGGCCCUUAGGGAAAGGUACUUGAACACGAAGUUCCUGCUAAACCAGAGCAGGAAUCCGUUCCCUGCCUCUCUUCUGCAAGAGCUUCCCACUUUGGCCGCUCUGCAGCGUGAGGGCGAGCGGGUCGCCCGGGACUCCGGCGAGGGGCUGUCUUCCACAGGCGCCUUUGGCCCUGAGGAGCAGUCCCCGGAGGCAUUCUUGGGUGUUCCAGUGGGCUCGGUCGAGUUCCAGAUGCUUCGCCUCAAACGUAUCAUCGAGCUGCACAUGGGGGAGCAGCGCAUGAUCGGGGGCAGAUGGAAGCAGCACCCGGGGUUGCAAUGGGCACGAGGGGGACGGGAACACCCACUGGAGAAAGGAGGUGCAGACGUGGGACUUGGUGAGCCUCUUCUCCUGCUUCGGCCACACCUACUCGGCCAGGCACCUUUACGCCAACAAAACCUGCAGCGGCGAGACGACCACCGUGAUUUGAUGAAGGAGGCCAAGGAGUUUGUGAUUCUGCACGACCUCCCGGUGCCCACGACAAACCAGGAGUGGAAGCAGCUCUACCGCGAAAUCGGCUCCUUUUUCGCUGCCAAGGUCUUCGUCUUGGAUCUCCCUGUUUCGGACAUCCAUGACUCCAAGCAGCACAUGCGAUUGAGAGCCGUAUGUGACGAAAGGAUCACCCUUCCUUUGAAGGCCUUCCGGCACUUCCCGGAGAUCUACAACUUGCUCUCCAACUCGUUGCGUCAAGAGUCGGUGAUGGAGGUCAAGAUGGCGUGGCGCUGCAACACCGUGCAGUGGUGGACAGCCCGCCUCAAGCCGGAGUACGCCGGCCCCAUCUACCGCAAGCUUGGCUACUCGGAGAGCCACAUCAAAGGCCUCGGCUUGGGGGACAGGGACACCUCAGCUGCCUUUGGCGCUGAAAGGAUUCCCCUGGACCCGGGGUCGGAGCAGGAGCGCUCCCUCCCGCCCAUCACCCCGGACAAUGUCACGAGCGUGGCCUCGGACGACUACAAGAAGAAGAACGUGGGGGACAAGACGGCCCACGUGUUCUGGGCCAAGAUGGAGUGUGGCCUGGUCCUCAGCUCCGUCUCUCCGUGGGAGAUUGUGGACAAGAAGAAGGGUGAGACCCGUGGCGGCUACGUUUGCCGCCACUGCAAGGGGUUUUGGCGCAGUGGCAGAGGUGCCAGCAGGUUCCUGCUGAUCACGGGGGAGCACCGAGGGAAGUCCGCGCAGCUCCAGCUCAUCCUGGACGAGCCCCCCCUGCACCUCUACGAGUCCUGGGUCAAGGACCGGAUCGAGUUCUACAAGAGGGUGGAGCCCACGGCGGCCCCCCGUGAUCGCUCCCUCCGCGUCAACCCGAGCCUCAGCUCCAGGCUCCGGUUCAGCAAGACGAACCUCAUGGGCCAGGUUUCCAACAUGAUCUGGUCGGUGGUGCUCUCCAACCUGGAGCGGGAUGGCCUCAAGAAGAUCCACGAGCUUGCGGCAUCCCGGGUCCGCCCGGCCUGA